GGGGCAAAAAAAAAAUUAUACAACGUGGAGAGGUUUUAGUCGUCUGACUCGUCACACACUGACACACACACACACACACACACACACUCUUCCCCAUUCGUCAAUUACGAUCGGACGGUGCAAAACCACGUCGACCACCAUUCUUCGCAGGUCUCCAUUACUCAUAUUUGCUCCUCUCUCUACUCUCUCUCACUCACUUUCCCGCCUAUUUAAAAUCUUCACUGCAAAUGAUUUCUCAAUCUCAGUUUCUCUCUCUAAACCCCAGAUUACUUCCUCUCUCUACAACACUUUCAACUCCAAUUCAAACGAAUCGAACCCCACCGCUCCACACCAAUCUCUUCAAUUUUUCCCUAAAUCUUCCCAUUUCUCACCGAAAUCAACUCACUGUAACAAUGUCUUCAAAUUCAAAUCUCUCAAAUCAUAUAGAAAAGUGUAACUCAGGUUUACAAGUCGAUCAAAUUGAUCAAUUCACCGAAGUCGGCAACAAGCUCGCUGACGCCGCCGGCGAAGUGAUACGGAAAUACUUCCGCAAAAGCUUCGACAUUAUGGAUAAAGAUGAUUUGAGUCCUGUGACUAUUGCUGAUCAAGCAGCGGAGGAAUCAAUGGUUUCGAUUAUACAAGAGGAUUUACCUCAUCAUGCAAUUUAUGGAGAGGAGAAGGGUUGGAGAUGUAAAGAGAAGUUUGCGGACUAUGUUUGGGUUUUAGAUCCAAUAGAUGGGACAAAAAGUUUUAUUACUGGUAAACCCUUGUUUGGUAUUCUUAUCGCAUUGCUACACAAAGGUAAACCGAUUCUUGGCAUUAUUGAUCAGCCCGUUUUAAGAGAAAGAUGGAUUGGUAUAAGUGGAAGGAGCACUACAUUGAAUGGGACCAAAAUCUCCACUCGCAAUUGUGCAAAACUUUCACAAGCUUAUCUGUACACUACCAGCCCACACCUGUUCAGUGGAGAUGCUGAAGUAGCAUUUGCUCAAGUUAGAGAUAAGGUUAAAGUACCACUAUAUGGUUGUGACUGUUAUGCUUAUGCCCUUUUGGCCUCUGGUUUUGUGGAUCUUGUUAUUGAGUCUGGUCUCAAGCCAUAUGACUUCCUUUCAUUGAUACCGGUGAUAGAAGGUGCUGGAGGAGUAAUAACUGAUUGGAAAGGAGAUCAACUUCAUUGGGAAGCAUCAUCAGAUUCACAGGCGGGAAGUUUUAAUGUAGUGGCAGCUGGAGAUAAACAGCUUCACCAACAAGCACUCGAUUCUUUACAAUGGCAAUAAUUUUGCGGAGCAUUCGAGUGGAGUCAAAGAUGGAAGCAUUCUUCAGCUAUGACAUUGGUAUUUGUGUAGAGAAGAACACUGACAUCCAGGGACAAGAUGGACUUGAAAGAAGAUUUAGGAGCAAUAAUUCUUCAGAGGAACUCUAUCUUCUCAUGACAUAUUCAAUGAAGCGAUAGCAAGGCAACGGGUACUUAAAAAACGCGAGCAUAUAGCUUCUUUGCCUUGAGUUAGUUUAAGUUGAUACAUCCUUGAUACUUAAUUUCCUAUAUGCUAAUAUACUUCCUCGUGCAAAUUGGUAAUCUGAAUUAUAUUAUUCUCUAUGAUAUGACCGCUUUCGCGUGUA